GAUUCAGUAGCCUGGGGCUUGGCCUGGGAUUCUGAUUGUCUAACAGAUGCCCAGGUGACGCUGAUCCUGCUAGUGCAUGAGCUUCACUCUGAGCAGCAAUGCGCCAGACUCCCUUGUCUUUUUCCUGGCCUUACUGGCUACGACGAUUGCAAAAGCAGGUGGGAGCCAGGUUCUGAAGGGCUUUGGAUAGCAGACCAAGGAGUUCAGCCUUUUUUCUGGAAGCACUAGGGAACUAUAGAAGCUCUCAGAGAAUGGUCAGGGAGCUCUGACCAAGAAAAUGAACCUGGGAAUGUAGGUGCCUCUGGGUAUUAGAUGGGCUGAGCUGCUGUAGUAACAGGAGAAAGGAGUAAAAGUCGAGGCGGAGGCCAUGAGACUAGGGGAAGGGGUGUCAUGCCUAAAGUGUGUUCCCUCCAAGUUCAUAUAUUAAUGUCAAUCCCCAGCACCUCAGAAUGGGACUGCAUUUGGAGACAGUCUUUAAAAAGGUAAUUAAGUCAAAAUGAGGUCACUAGGCUGGUCACUAAUCCACUGUGACUGAUGUCCUUAAGAAGAGGAAAUUAAGACACAUACAGAUGUACCAAAGGAGGACCAGCUGAAGACCCAGGGAGAAGACAGCUAUCUACAGACAAGAGGGAGGCUUCAAAAGAAACCAACCAAGGCUGACGGAGUGGCUCAAGUGGUAGAGUACCUGGCUAGCAAGCAUGAAGCCCCGAGUUCAAAUCCCAGUACUGCAAAAAGAAAGAAAGAAAGAAACCAACCAAUCAGCACAUUGAUUCUGGACUCCUGGCCUGUAGAACUAACACAGCCUGUCUGUUUCUUUUCUGGCCUCCCCUUUCUUGCUACACUGUGGUCCACCGAAUACAGUGAAAAUGACAAGUUCUAGCUCCCCUGAGCCACUCUGCAAGAAGACUGGCUGGAGAGACCUCUUGAAGAGGGCCUGAGAGCACAUGGAAAAGGAGGAGAGCCCAGGAGUACCUGUACCGGUAUGGCUACACUCGGGUGGCUGAGAUGCAAGGGGAAAAGCUGUCCCUGCGUCCUGCGCUGCUGCUGCUCCAGAAGCAGCUGUCUUUGCCCCAGACGGGUGAGCUGGACAGCAAGACCCUGGAGGCCAUGCGCACCCCACGCUGUGGUGUCCCAGACCUGGGCAAAUUCCAAACCUUUGAGGGCGAUCUCAAGUGGCACCACCACAACAUCACAUACUGGAUCCAAAACUACUCGGAAGACUUGCCACGCGACGUGAUCGACGACGCCUUUGCGCGCGCCUUCGCGGUGUGGAGCGCGGUGACACCGCUCACCUUCACUCGCGUCUACAGCUGGGACGCAGACAUCGUCAUCCAGUUUGGUGUCGCUGAGCACGGAGAUGGGUAUCCCUUCGACGGGAAGGACGGGCUUCUGGCACACGCUUUUCCUCCUGGCCCCGGCAUUCAGGGAGACGCCCAUUUCGACGACGAAGAGUUGUGGACCCUGGGCAAGGGCGUCGUGGUUCCAACCUACUUUGGAAACGCAAAUGGUGCGCCCUGUCACUUCCCCUUCACCUUUGAGGGCCGCUCCUACUUGGCCUGCACCACCGACGGCCGCACCGAUGGCACGCCUUGGUGCAGCACCACAGCCGACUACGACACGGACCGCCGGUUCGGUUUCUGCCCCAGCGAGAGACUCUACACCGAGCAUGGCAAUGCGGACGGCAAGCCCUGCGUGUUUCCCUUCAUCUUCGAGGGCCGCUCCUACUCCGCCUGCACCACCCAAGGUCGCUCCGAUGGCUACCGCUGGUGCGCCACCACCGCCAACUACGACCAAGACAAGCUCUAUGGCUUCUGCCCCACCCGAGCCGACUCCACGGUGAUUGGGGGCAACUCGGCAGGCGAGCUAUGCGUCUUCCCCUUCGUCUUCCUGGGAAAGGAAUACACGACCUGUACCAGGGAGGGUCGCAGCGAUGGGCGCCUCUGGUGUGCCACCACUUCAAACUUCGACAGCGACAAGAAGUGGGGUUUCUGCCCUGACCAAGGAUACAGCCUGUUCCUUGUGGCCGCACAUGAGUUUGGCCACGCGCUGGGCUUAGAUCACUCUUCUGUGCCAGAGGCGCUCAUGUACCCCAUGUACCGUUUCCUGGAGGGCUCCCCACUGCAUGAGGAUGACGUGAGGGGCAUCCAGCAUCUCUAUGGUCCUGGCCCUAAACCUGACCCAAAGCCUCCAACCACCACCACAUCUGCACCACAACCCACGGCUCCUGCGACAGUCUGCCCCACCAUACCUUCCAAUGCCUACCCCACAGCUGGCCCUACAGGUCCCCCCUCAGCUGGCCCUACAGCCCCCCCCUCUGCUGGACCUUCUCAGGACCCUACAGUGUCUUCGGAUCCAGCGGAUAAUCCCUGCAACGUGAACAUUUUCGACGCCAUCGUGGAAAUCCGGAAUACUCUGCAUUUCUUCAAGGAGGGGCGGUACUGGCGGUUAAUUGAGGGCAAAAGGCGCCAGAUACAGGGCCCCUUCCUUAUUGCGGACACGUGGCCCGCACUGCCCGCAAAGCUGGAUUCUGCAUUUGAAGAUCCGUUGUCCAAGAAGAUUUUCUUCUUCUCUGGGCGCCAAGUGUGGGUGGACACAGGCGCGUCGAUACUGGGCCCGAGGCGUCUGGACAAGCUGGGCCUGGGCUCGGAGGUGACGCGCGUCACCGGGGUCCUCCCGCAUGGCGGGGGCAAGGCGCUGCUCUUCAGCGGGGAGCGCUUCUGGAGGUUCGACCCGAAGACUCAGAAGGUGGACUCGGGGAGCAGCACGGCCUUGGACACGAUGUUCCCCGGGGUGCCCUGGAACACGCACGACAUCUUCCAGUACCGAGAGAAAGCCUACUUCUGUGAGGACCGCUUCUACUGGCGCGUGAGUUCCCGGAAUGAGGUGAACCAGGUGGACCAAGUGGGAUAUGUGACCUUUGACAUACUGGGGUGCCCUGAGGACUAGGGCUCCCAUGAUGCCUCAGCAGUGCAGUACGGAUCACCACGGGGACCAUCUUCAUGGGGAAGGAGCCAGUUUGCCGGAUACAAACUGGUGGUCUGUUCUGGAGGAUGGGGAGGAGUGGAGGUGGGCUGGGUCCUCGCUUCGCUCCUUCCUUUUUUGUUAGACUGUUUCUAAUAAACUUGGAUUCUCUAA